CGCCUGCUCGGGGAAUCCAGUUCGCUGCUAGACGCGUCUGGCUCACGCUCGCUCUCUCCCAGGCUGCUUCCCAUGGCUUUGGCUCUGCGGCCGGAGCCUACCCACUAACGGAGAAACUUUUCCAGCCGUUUCUUCUCCCCACCCCCUUCCGGGAGAGGAUUAAAAGUUCCAAGAACUGGUGCCGCCAGUGCCACUUGGGUACUCGCCCGCGAGUUCCCAGUCUCAGCCAUGUGCACCAACAUAGUUUACGAGUGGCUGAAAGCGUUACAGCUCCCGCAGUACGCCGAAUCCUUCGUGGAUAAUGGCUAUGAUGACCUGGAAGUGUGCAAGCAGAUCGGAGACCCGGACCUGGACGCCAUCGGGGUGCUGGCUCCAGCGCACCGCAGGCGCAUCCUGGAGGCUGUGUGCCGGCUGCGGGAGCAGGAUGCGGCCGCCGCCGGCCUCUACUUCACGCUCGAGCCGCAGCCGGUGCCACCCGCACCGCAGGUGGACGCGGUGCCCCCGGGCCGCCGGGGGGAGCCAUGUGGCAGCUCUGCCCAGGGCACUCGCGGGGACCCCCGCGGCCAGGCGAGCGCUCCCCGCAGCAGGGAGCUGGUGAGCUACCCCAAGCUGAAGCUGAAGAUCAUGAUCCGGGAUAAGCUGGUCCGUGAUGGCAUCCACCUGAGCAAGCCCCCGUAUUCGCGCAAGGAUGGUUCCCUGGGAAACAUUGAUGACUUGGCUCAGCAGUAUGCAGACUAUUACAAUACCUGCUUCUCUGAUGUUUGCGAGCGGAUGGAGGAGCUUCGGAAGCGGCGAGUUUCCCAGGACCUGGAUUUGGAGAAACCCAACGCCAGCCCCACGUCACUUCAGCUGCGGUCCCAGCUCGAAGAGUCCCUUGGUUUCUGCAGCGCUGUGUCGACUCCAGAAGUGGAAAGAAAGUACCCGCUUCAUAAAUCAAACUCAGAAGACUGCUGUGUAGGAAAAGGAGACUGGAAGAAGAAAAAUAAGUACUUCUGGCAGAAUUUUCGAAAGAACCAAAAAGGAAUAAUGAGACAGACUUCAAAAGGAGAAGAUGUGGGCUACGUCGCAAGUGAGAUAACGAUGAGCGACGAGGAGCGGAUUCAGCUCAUGAUGAUGGUCAAGGAGAAAAUGAUCACCAUUGAAGAAGCACUCGCUAGGCUGAAGGAAUACGAAGCCCAGCAUCGGCAGUCAGCUGCCUUGGACCCUGCCGACUGGCCCGAUGGCUCCUAUCCGACACUGGAUGGCUCGUCCACCUGCAAUUCAAGAGAACAGUCAGAUGAAGAGACGGAGGAGUCGGUGAAGUUUAAGAGGUUACACAAGCUGGUGAACUCUACUCGAAGAGUCAGAAAGAAGCUCAUUAGGGUGGAGGAAAUGAAAAAGCCCAGCCCUGAAGGUGGAGAGGAGCAUGGGUUUGAGAAUUCCCCGGCCCUGGAUGAAAGAUCCGCACUCUACUCUGGAGUGCACAAAAAGCCAUUUUUCUGUGAUGGCACCCCGGAGAAACCUCCUGAAGAUGACUCGGAUUCCCUCACCGCAUCUCCAUCGUCUAGCAGCCUGGAUACUUGGGGAGCUGGCCGGAAGUUGGUCAAAACCUUCAGCAAAGGAGAGAGUCGGGGCCUGAUUAAGCCCCCUAAGAAGAUGGGGACGUUCUUCUCCUAUCCAGAAGAAGAAAAGGCCCAGAAAGUGUCCCGCUCCCUCACGGAGGGGGAGAUGAAGAAAGGCCUUGGGUCCUUGAGUCAUGGGAGAACUUGCAGUUUCGGUGGAUUCGACCUGACAAACCGUUCCCUGCAUGUUGGCAGUAAUAGUUCGGACCCUAUGGGUAAAGAGGGAGAUUUUGUGUACAAAGAGGUAAUCAAAUCGCCCACCGCCUCCCGCAUCUCUCUUGGGAAAAAGGUGAAGUCCGUGAAAGAGACAAUGAGGAAGAGAAUGUCUAAAAAGUAUAGCAGCCCUGUCUCUGAGCAGUCCAGGACCCCAACCCAUGGAAUGACACCCACAGUUAAGGACUCGGGGCUUGAUGGAAUGCCCGCCUCCCCUGCCUCUGUAAAGCCUGACUCAGAACACGUGGACAAGCCCAAGCUCAAAGCCGGGGGCUCUGUAGAGAGCCUUCGGAGUUCUCUGAGUGGCCAGAGCUCGAUGAGUGGUCAGACUGUGAGUACCACCGAUUCCUCCACCAGCAACAGGGAAAGCGUCAAGUCAGAGGAUGGUGACGAUGAAGAGCCGCCCUACCGGGGCCCCUUCUGUGGGCGUGCCCGUGUGCACACCGACUUUACCCCCAGCCCUUAUGACACAGACUCUCUGAAGCUCAAGAAAGGAGAUAUCAUUGAUAUAAUAAGCAAGCCACCCAUGGGUACCUGGAUGGGCCUGUUGAACAACAAAGUCGGCACAUUCAAGUUCAUCUAUGUGGAUGUGCUAAAUGAGGAUGAGGAGAAGCCCAAGCGUCCUGCCAGGAGGAAGAGGAAGGGAAGGCCACCCCAGCCGAAGUCUGUGGAGGAUCUCCUAGAUCGGAUCAACCUAAAAGAACACAUGCCUACUUUCUUGUUCAAUGGCUAUGAAGACCUGGAUACCUUCAAGCUCCUGGAGGAAGAAGACUUAGAUGAAUUAAACAUCAGGGACCCAGAACACAGAGCAGUUCUCUUGACAGCAGUGGAGCUGUUACAGGAAUAUGACAGUAACAGUGACCAGUCCGGGUCCCAGGAGAAGCUGCUGGUGGACAACCAAGGGCUGAGUGGAUGUUCCCCGCGGGAUUCUGGAUGCUACGAGAGCAGCGAGAACUUGGAAAAUGGGAAAGCUCAGAAACCCAGCGUUCUGUCUACCAAGUCAUCCACAGAGUCCAACUUAAAGUCUUUCAACAGGAGUCAGCCAGGCAAUUACCCGACGUUGCCAUUAACAAAAUCAGUGGAGGUUCGCAAGCAGGCAGAGGAAGACAGGCUGGGACGGGGCAUAGCCCCGGACAUCGCCAAGAGCUGUGAUGUGCCCUGUGUGUCUGGCUUGAAUAAAAACCGAAGGAGCCUCCCCGCCUCCAUCUGUCGCAGCUGUGAAACCCUGGAGGGUCCUCAGCCAGUGGAAAGUUGGCCCCGAUCCCAUUCCCUGGAUGACCUUCAGGGAGAGGUAGAUGCAGGAAAGGAUGUGCCUACCGAGGUGCAGGAAGCCUGUCCUCAGAAUGUACCAGAAGUGCCACAGAAGACAUCUGCCUGCACCUCCGAGGCUCUGCCCCGAAGCCGAGAUCCUAUUGCGGAAGACAUGAUGCUUCUGACCCAAAGCAAGAGAUUUUCUGACCCCCCGAAAAUGAUGGCUAAGAAACUGGAUGGGUCCCCAGUGGCCUCUAACCUUGGCGUAUGUCCUCCUCAGUGUGUGCCCAGAAAUUUCGAGGCUCAGCCUCCAGUUAAACCCGGCUUAACAAGGACGUCUCUUGAGGGUCACAGGAAAGGACAGGACCACCACCCCCUGGGCACCAAAGGAGGGGUAGAUGUGGAACAGAAUGCCCCUGAGACCAGGACGCAGCCCAGACAUCCUUCGCAGCCCCCUCCCGUGCCUGCCAAGAAGAGUCGAGAGCGCCUGGCCAAUGGCCUGCACCUGGUUCCCAGCCUGGAGGCGCCCACCCUGCCGCUGAAAAAGGCCAGCCCCACCAGCCCCUGUGACUGUCCCUCUCCCCGGGAACCUAGGCCUCCCUCGGGGACUGAGCCCGGCAGCCCAGUCUGUGCCAGACCUCCACCCUGGCUGGCGGAGCUGCCUGAAAGCACCAGCCUACAAGAACACGGUGUGAAGCUGGGCCCAGUGCUGAGCAGGAAGGUUUCCUGCGUCCGGGGCGUGGACCUGGAGAUGCUCACCGAGAGCAAGCUGCAGGCCGAGGGCAUUGAUCUCACUGAGGAGCCCUACUCUGAUAAGCAUGGCCGUUGUGGGAUCCCCGAAGCUCUGGUACAGAGAUAUGCCGAGGACUUAGAUCAGCCCGUGAGGGAUGUCGCCACCAAUAUGGACCAGAUCCGGGUGAAGCUGCUUCGGAAGCAGCAUCGGAUGGCGAUCCCAAGUGGCGGGCUCACAGAAAUCUGCAGGAAGCCCCUCUCUCCAGGCUGUGUGGCAUCCAUGUCGGAUUGGCUCAUUUCCAUUGGCCUGCCCAUGUACACCAGCACCCUUUCCGACGCAGGGUUCAGCAUGCUGAGCCAAGUGCCUUCCCUGUCCCACACUUGCCUUCAGGAGGCCGGCAUCACAGAGGAGCGACAUAUAAGGAAGCUCGUAUCCGCAGCCAGACUUUUCAAACUGCCACCAAGCCCUGAGGCCAUGUAGCCAGGCCUGCCAUGGCCUUCCCUGGACAAAAGCCAGCCUUCCACUGUGCUUACGAAGCUGAUACAAUCCCGCCAUAUCUGCUGGGGUUGACCCGAUCCAGAAGGAAAGUCCCUAGCCGGGCUCACGAAUAGCAGGAUUAGGACGCGAACCGAGGAAAAAUACCCCCCUGCCCCAAGGAAAUCGGUGUGGUUCUCCGUGAUCCCCAAAGGCAAGACAAGCACUUAGUUUUGUUUUCAGACACAAAAGAGCCAAGAUGCCAAGUUAUUGCAAAACAGUGUGCGUCCAUCCAGUCUGCCUUUGUGCUGGCAGAGUGGCUAGGAGGAAAGGACAAGGCAGCCCGUUCGCAUCUGAUCAUGCCCUUGCCUAUCUGUCGGUCACCCCGCUGGAUGCCGGAGCCCGACGGGCUGAGCUAGGCCAAAGCAACAAACUCUGGAGUUACUGUACACUAUUGACCAUACUCAUUUGUUCAGAAGUGAAAACAGCUGACUACUACACCAAGAACAGAACAGUCCUACUCUCCUGUAGAUACACAAGAGACGGUUUAAUUGCUUUCUAGCAAUUAGCUUUUAUUUGCCUUAAUAUAAACUUUUAAUCAGUUAUCUUAUCUAGUGUCAGCAACCCUUAACCCUAGUUUUAAGUCUUCAGCUUAAACUGCCAUCUAAUGUAUUUGGGGUGUUUCCAGCAAAAA